UGUGUUUUUUGACCUUUUUAUUUACUUCUCGGCCUCUAAUCGGUUUCAGCAAUGUCGCCGGCGGCGAUCCACCGCCGUCUUCCACCUGCGGCGCUCUUGCUGUUGCUACUCUUCGAUGGCUCCGCCGCCCAGUCCUCUUCCAACACUCCCAACAACGGCAACUUGUACGGUGACUACUGACUACAACCUCCCCGUCAACCCCGUCAUCGUCGCCCUCGUCAUCGCCUUUAUCUGCGGCUUCUUCUUCCUGGGCUUCUUCUCUGUCUACCUCCGUCGCUGCGGAGGUCGAUCCUCCGGGCAGCUCCCCUCCUCUACAGCCGCCUCUGCCCCUGGGGAACGCGCAUCUCGUCUCGGGCUUGACCCGGCCGUGCUCGACUCUUUCCCCACGAUGUCCUACUCGGAGGCGAAGGCUCACCGACGGGGGAAGGGCGGCGCGCUCGAGUGCGCCGUCUGCCUCUCCGAGUUCGCGAGCGACGACACGCUCCGCCUCCUCAACCCCUGUUUCCACGUCUUCCACGUCGAUUGCAUCGACACCUGGCUCGAUACCCACGUCACCUGUCCGGUUUGCCGGGCAAACCUGGCAGCGCCGGAGAUCUACGCCGGCGAGGCUCCACCGGUCAGGCCGGUGGGGGAGGGGGAGCUGGACUUGGAGGCCGGUCAAUGUCAUCCUAUCGAGUACCGGAGAUGGCACUCGACGGGCCACGAGGGGGAAGAAGUGGACCGACACCGAUUGCAUCUGCCGGAGCAGGUGAGAAGGGAGAUCUUCUCGGCGGCAGCGGUGGAGCUCCGGCGGGCGUCGAGUGUGGCAGAGAUGCGUCCUCCGCUGAACAGAGAAGGGAGCGAAAGGAGGGGAGGAGGGCGGAGCGGGCGGUGGGGAUUCCUACUGCGGUCGUUCUCGGGUCGGCGUAGGCCGGACGCGACGCCGGCGGAGUGGUCCGGCAAACGGGUCUCCCCUUCACCGGAAGCUUCAUUCGAUAUCGGAGCCGGAGGGAAGAAAUCCGAAUCCGCCAGUGCAAAAGUUGAAACAGAGUCCAAAUCCACGAAGGAGGCAGAAGCGGAGGCGGAGCCAUCGUCCGUCCAGUCCACGGCAACAGAUCGGGUUUAAAAAAUCAUGUGUCGUAACUCCCCAUUUCGAUUUUUUUUUAAAAAAAAAAAAUCGGCCGAAUGUCGUGUAAAUAGAAAGUGUUUGCCUUUGAUUUUGACAUAAAAUAUUUAUAUUAUUUGGGUUGAAAAA